CAGUUUCAUUUCUCUGCGUAGUGCAGAGCAAGUUCAGCUGCCGAAACGCGAAAAAAUGGCGACCAUUUCAAGUCACUGCUUCAGGCACCUAACCGGUACUCUUCAUCUGCCACCGCGUAUCCCAAAGUUUCGAGCUUCAUCUUCUCUUUCUCUCUCCACUCUCUCUUGUUCUCUCGCCCAAGAAGAAGACUUGGAACGCGUCCACCCCAACAACGGCAACGCAAGCUCCAUAACCGCCACCAAUGGCAACAGUUCCUCGUAUUUCCCGAAGCGAGGGCAGACCCUGGAGUUGGUGUGCGAGUCUCUUGCUUUCAAAGGGAAGGGUCUCUGCAAGGUCACUGACACCGGCUUCGUCGUCAUGUGCGACCGUGCCCUACCUGGUGAGCGUUUCAUUGGCCGUGUCACCCGCAAGAAGGGAAAUUACGCUGAGGUAACUAAGGUGAAGACUAUUAGUCCUCCACGUGACAUUGUUGAUGCCCCUUGUGAGUAUGCUUCGCAUUGUGGAGGAUGCAAGACACAGAACUUGUCUUAUGAGGCUCAACUGAGAGCUAAGGAGGACCAGGUUCGUGAGUUGGUGGUGCAUGUUGGAAGGUUUUCGCAUAAAGAGCUCGAAUUGGAAGGUGUUAUGAAGCCAAUUGUUCCAUGUGAUAUUCAGUUUCAUUAUAGAAAUAAGAUGGAAUUCUCAUUUGGUCCUUACAAAUGGUUACCUAAAGAAUCAUUGCAUGAAAGGCAGGCUGGUAGUGAUAAUUAUGCACUAGGGUUGCAUGUGCCUGGUUUUUUCGAUAAAGUUUUGAAUGUUGACAAGUGCUUGUUGCAAAGUGAUCCUGCUAAUAAGGUUCUUGCAGCUGUCCAGGAUUGCUGGAGAGAUCCUCAACUCGAUUUUUCUCCCUAUGAUGUUCAUUCACAUAAAGGGUUUCUUAAGCAUUUGAUGCUGAGAACUGGAAGGGAUGUUGUGACUGGUCAUCCUGAAGUUAUGGUCAAUUUUGUGACCUCUUCCUACAAACCAGAGCUCUUGAAGUUCCUAGUUGAUAAACUUUCUGCAUUUCCUGAAGUGGUGAGCAUCAUAAACAAUGUUAAUACUUCUGUUGGUAAUACAUCUGUUGGCGAGGAAGAAUACACUUUGUAUGGGAAAUCAUGCAUAACAGAGACCUUAAGAGGGCUUACAUUCCAAAUAUCAGCAAACUCAUUCUUCCAAACAAAUACUCAUCAGGCAGAGGUUCUAUAUGAGCUUAUUGAAGAGUAUGCUGGGAUAACAGGAGAUGGUUCAGAAGUUGUCCUUGACCUGUUUUGCGGAACAGGUACCAUAGGUCUCACACUUGCCAAGAGUGUAAAACAUGUCUAUGGCUAUGAAGUAGUUCCUCAAGCCAUCGCAGAUGCCCGUCUUAAUGCCGAGAUAAAUGGAAUACACAAUGCCACAUUUGUCCAGGGGGAUCUCAACAAAAUUGAUGAGAAUUUCGGGAAGAAUUUUCCUAAACCUGACAUUGUCAUUUCUGAUCCGAAUCGCCCAGGAAUGCACAUGAAGUUGAUCAAAUUCCUGCUAAAACUUAAGGCACCUCGCAUAGUAUACGUGUCAUGUAAUCCUGCAACAUGUGCACGUGACCUUGAUUAUCUCUGUCAUGGUGUGGCAGAACAGAAUAUAGAAGGAUGUUACAAGCUAGUAGGGCUACAACCAGUUGACAUGUUCCCACACACACCUCAUAUUGAGUGUGUAUGCCUUCUAGAGCUUUGUUAAUUUGCGAUUGCCUUUCCAUGCGAAGGGCAUAACAAGCUUGGUACAGGAUAUAAGUCAAGGUUGGUGUUCAAGCUAGAUAGCUGCGGAAACUGAUGCUUCUUUGCUGCAUGAUCUGACUAAUGUGUGCCUCCCAAAACCAUUCUAAGAGUCUCAUAAAAUUGAGUUCAUGGAGGACACCCUCAAAGGCUGGUUUCAUGCUUAGCAUAGCAGCCUUCGAAUGUGGAUUACUGUUGGUUGUUGAUUCCACUUCAUAUGACAAGUCUAUCAUAAAAUGGAUCAUAUUCUUCACUUGUCAGAGCACACUUAAAAGAAAGGUUGAGCAGCUAGUCCAUCAUGAGAUAUUGAAUGUUUACCCGGACAAGUUAAUAGUAUUUAGUGUAUACUAAAAACAUGGACUAUAUUGGAAAAUUUUGCUGUAGUAAACUGCUAAAUUUGAGUUUAUAUCCUUUCUUUUUCUGGAGAUCCAGAAUUUGUUCCCUAAAGAAGUGUCCUAGUAGUUAGUACAGAGCACAAAUGGCCCAUAUAUGUUUUA